CUCGUCGCUGCUGCAGUCCCGUUAUCUCUUGUGCCCCAGAGCUUUGUCCUCGACCGACUUCCUACAUCUACCGAUCCGAUCGCCACCCGAAUUUGAGGUACCCGUCUCGACUGUUGGGCGGUGGAGAAAGACACAACUAAUCGAGGUCGCCAUGCUGGGGACAAUCUUCCGCGGUGUGCCGAUAACACGGCCAUCCCUGACGACGCCAGCCUGUGCCUUCUGGGAAGCCGUUUGGACUCGUCAAGCAACAAGGGGGGGAGCUGUCACAACGCCAUACCUGGCACUCAGCAGGGGAUAUAGUGUUUCUCGGCCUGUGACGAGACUCCUAAACAACCGGGGCGCAUUCCGAACAUCGUAUCGAAACCCUAUAUCAUUCCGAACCGGUCAACGAUCCUUCUUCUCUUCUGCGCCCCGAAAUGCGUCCCAGGGCCAGUCUGGCCAAGAGCCACUGUCCUUGAGUGGGAGACUAAGGAGGAUGUCCAAAGAAUAUGGAUGGACAGCACUAGGCGUCUACCUCGCACUGAGCGUGCUUGACUUCCCUUUUUGCUAUCUUCUUGUCAAGGUCGUCGGCACGGAUAAAAUAGGCGCGAUGGAGCAUUGGGUUGUUUCCCACACCCAGGCCCUGAUACCGGAAGCAGUGCAGAACAAGUGGCGCGAAUCCCGAGCGGCGUUUAAGAAGGCUGAGAUGGAACGGCUCGGCAGCGACAUGAUCAGCGAACACAUCGAGAUGGCUAGUUGGGGAGUGGAAAAGGCCGAUGAGCGCAACCGGGCAGAAGCUAGUCUUGGAACACAGCUUGCCCUGGCGUACGCCAUCCACAAGAGCCUCAUCUUUAUCCGUGUCCCCCUGACUGCCGCGAUCUUGCCAAAAGUUGUCAGGGUCUUGAGAUCGUGGGGUUGGCAAAUCGGAAAGCGGCGACCCUAAAUCUCGGUACCCAGUCUUCCUCGGAAACAUCCCCCAAGUUGAAAACCGGACCUCCUCCCCUCUUCGGCGCUGCUCUCAGCUGCCCUUUCGGCCAGCCGGGAUUGCGGCAAAUUAGAGGAUGGAAAUGUAUAAUCCCCGUCUAUUGCUCGCGCAUAGACCUGUGUACCAAUAUUUGUACUGCUUA